CUAAACUGAGCAAAUCGUUUCGAGCUGUUGGUACCGGGAACAAAGAAAAUUAACGUAGGUGGAAGUAUAUAUGGAUCUAAGACUCACUGGAUCUUUUUUGCUUCGUCUAAAAUCCGAUGCACGAACGCUCGAAGACACCAUCGGGAGAUAUUUUAUCUGAUUGUUAUCGUCGCGCUAGCAAGAAGCAAAUACCGCGACGCCAGUUACCAUGAAAAGUUAGAACAAGUCUCAGCAUCACAAUUACAUACUUUGCAGUGACUACACAGGUAUCGUCAGGAUAAAUAAUUAUAAUUACCUCUAAACAAAACGGUAUAAAGGCUUCGAGGCGUAUGUCUGUCUAUUCAAGCGUCAUGUUGCUCUAUUGUUAAACGAAAGAGUAAAACGGAUUUGUUGAUCGUGAACCAAAAAUCGAGAAAAAACUGAAAAUGAAAGUGGUUGUAUUUAUGCUGUGUAUAGUUUGUAUUGUAAGGAAGCCUGUUGAAUGUAUACCGGAGUUGCAGUUGGUACAGAUCAUAUUCGCUCAUAAAACGUACGCUCCAAUUUUGGAAUUGAUAAAUAGCAACGAUACGGAUUUACCACAUCCUUUAUCUUAUGAAUACUUCAAUACCGCUCCAAUCGGCAUGCCUCGUACUGGCAUGCUGAACAUGUACGAUCUAGGAGUCCAUUUGCGGGAGGUGUACGAUGAAUUUUUGGGUGACGUUUACACAUGCGAGACAAUGAAAAUGCAAACGGCCGAAUAUCCAUUGUCGAUGCUGUCUGGUCAAUUAGUGAAUGCAGGUCUUUGGCCUCCGGCAAAGAUUCAACAAUGGAGCAUCGAUUUAAACUGGCAGCCAAUACCCACAGAUUACACACUCGCGCGUGAAGAUACUUUGUUACUGGGAGCACAGUGUCCGAGUUUCAUUCUCGAAAUGGAAAAAGUAUUGAACAUGUUUCAAGUGCGAGAAAGAUUGACGCAUUAUUCAUCUUUAUUCGAUCAUAUAUCUCGGUCUGCUGGAAUAAAAGUUCAACGACCAUCGGAAGUGGCUUUGCUGUACGCUGUUCUCGAGACGAAAGCUGAUUUAAAUCAAUCUCUUCCACACUGGGCGAAAGAUAUUUUCCCUGACGGAGGAAUGUACAAUGUGUCGUUGUUAGAGUACGAUCUACUUUGGCAAACUCCGUUACAAAAGCAAUUAAAUGGGGGAACGAUCCUGAAGGAAAUUUUAGCAAACUCGCUGAUGUAUAUCGAUGGACAAAUUCCUGAAGAGCGAAAGCUCAUGAUAUACAGCGGCAACGAAAGAAAUAUCGUUGGUGUUUUAAAAGGUUUAAACUUAUGGUCGCCACACAUUCCUAACGAGGCCGCUUCUGUGAUUUUCGAGCUGUACUUUGACAAUGAAACAGAAAGUCAUGGAGUGAAGAUUAAUUACUACACAGGAGUAGAUGGUAUCACUAUCCCAUUGAAAAUGCCAAAUUGUACAGAAAUUUGCCCGAUUAAAACAUUUUUGUACUCGAUACUAGACAUCUUACCGCAAAACGCAGAACGAUUAUGUAAUUGGGAGAAGAUUAAUCUCUCUGACAAGCCUGUAAGAUUAAACAAUACGAUUUAUAGUGGAUCUGUAUGGCAUACAUCGAGAAGUAUUAUACUUACUUUUUUAUUAAUAAUUAGUUUAUUUAACAAUUCGUGUUGAUAAAUUGAAAUUUUUGUCACAAGUUGGUGUAUACUCUUAAUUAUUUCGUACCUUCGUUCUUGUGUCAAAUAUGUAGUUUUCUAUAACAGAAAUCUCAAUAUCCUUAAUAACGAUUUUAGAUUAAUGUUUAAUUAAUAUUAAUUAUUAAUUAAUUAUUUAAAUUCAUUUAUAAUUCUACGCAUUAUAAUUCACAAAUAAUUCUAAAAUUUUUACGAAAAACAACUCAAAUAAACAAUUUAUUUAUUUAUUAAAUUUACUUUUUAUUAAAUCAUAUUCACAAUGUACAAGCUAUUAUAACAUUUUUAUAUGCAUACAGUGGCCGUAAAAAGUAUUUGUAGAUAAUUCCUAACUCCCAAUGCAGUACGUGUUUUAUUUUCAUUAUCAUAUGAAAAUAUUAAAUGAUAUGAAAAUUCAUAUAUUUGGAAUUUAUUAAUGUAAAUGCUAUAAUAAAUACGCGCAAAUAUUUUUUAUAACUGCUGUAUAUAAAAUAUUAUAAUAUUUAAUAUUUGCUAUGUUAAAAUUACAUUUAAAAUGAUGCAUUUAAAGCAUAGUCAUUUACUCACAGGACAGUAAAUCGACUAAUUUCUGUGAUUUUUUGGCAAAUUGAACAAAAUUUUCCAUAGCUACUACUGUAAAAUCGCUCAAAAUCAUUAACCACCUUCGUUCUCUUGUUUGCCUGCUAUCCUCGACUAUUACACCUUCAAAAUUUAACUGUUUCUUCCAUAAAUCAACAACAGGUGGUAUCAUGUCUUCUUCAAAUUGAUUAGCUUCUUUAUUACAGGAAAUUGAUCGAUAUUUUUGUAAACAAAAGGUUAAAGAAUAAAAGAUAAUAUGUAAUUGAUUUAUUAUACCAUGUACAUCGGCUUUUUUGUUAUUUAUCAAAGUGAUUAAAACAUUUUCGUACGAUUUUAAUUUUAUAGUUAGAUAAUUUAUUACUUCAAUGCAAACUUUUAUUGAAAUGCAUAGUUGUAAAAUAAUGGAGAUUUGAUGAAUCAGUAUUGCAACCUAAAGAAAUAAAAUAGAAAAAUAACGUUAAAUA